AUGCGAGCGGUACUGCCGGGGAGACCCCCAGCGAAGCUCCAGUCGUUCAGCACCGCGCUGUGGGAUGGACUUCGCAUAGUUGCGUACAUCUCCGGUCACGCCCUUGUAAUCCUCAGCGGUCCACAGACACUGUUGCAGACGAUUUAUGUCGACGAUACCGAUAAGCUCGAGGCCGUCGCCUUUGAUGAAGCAUCUGGGAAAAUCGCCGUCUGCGGAGGCCCUGACAUUUUUGUUUACCAACCGUAUGGGAUCAAAGGGGAGACUUUAAAGUGGUCUCUCGCUUCAACUUUCCGUGCCCAGGAUGAGAAGGAGUCGAUCCAUACCCUCUCGUGGGGCUCACCCAAUGAAUUACUGGCCGGCAACUCCCGCCUCGCCCUGUGGAUGUUGAAUGACACCCCUCGCCUAGUAUGGAAGCGGAAACUAGCAACGCCAGUGAAACUCGCUCAAUUCUCUCCAGACGGGGCUCUCGUGGUGACAGUCGGGCAGUAUGACCGGUUGGUCAAAGUCUGGAGACGACUCGCUUUCGGUGAAGAUGAGGUCCGGUUCGAGAUUUCAUAUCUUCCGCAUCCUGAUGUCGUGACCGGAGUGCACUGGCGAUUGCCAUACCAUCGAGAUCAGGCAGUUGAGAAUGUCCUCUAUACACUUUGCGCCGACAACAAGAUUCGAAUCUGGGCUGUGACAGAUCAUCAUGCCCUGUCUCCGCUUCAAUUCUGGGCAGAUAUUGACAUGCAACUCUCUGUGCAGCCGCGGGACGCAUCCGGAAUCAACGAGGACGCGCAGCGGAGAUAUGGGUUCUUUCUGGAUGGCCGGGACUUCUGCAGCGCGACGGAGCGAGCCGUGGAGCGGAACACAGGCAACAAGGUGAAUCACGGCCUGGAACACAUCAUUGAAGUUGCCAAGCAGAGCCCAGAGAUCUGUAUUGUCAUCGAUGGUCAAGGUCAUUUGUCGGCUUGGGCGUUAGAGGACGUUGGCUCCAAAGUCAAGACGAAACUAAGUGUCUUCAAUAUUUUACACGUCGAAGGGCUAGAGUUUGGAUUCAUGCCGCGUUUGUCGCCAGCAGAGGAUUAUGCUCAAAUUCGCGCGUUUCAGAGCCAUUCGACCCGGGAAAAACUCAGCAUCAUCAUCCAUCACUUUGACGGUCGCAUUGAGUGGUAUGACUCGCAAGUGGACGUUCUUUUCGACCCUUCCCCUCGAAAGGAUCGAUUGACACCAAGGUCGUCUUGGUCCGGACACACAGCACCAGUGAAAAAGAUUGUGCGCAAUGCCACUGGCGACACGCUGAUAUCUCGAACGGAUGAAAACAAAGCUAUGAUCUGGAGACAGCAGAGGCGGGAGGGUGGAUCUACGCUUCUGCACAAGAGUGUUCUUCUCUCAGAUGAGCACAUUCAUCGCACUUGUCUACUCGAGGGCAGCAGUUUGCUGGUCAACCUUCAUCAUAGCGGAAUAUCGCUGUGGGAUUUUGGUGCUUAUCAUGCAAAGAAGAUUGCGUACUUGCCUUUCGCCUUGUCUAGCAAGCCUCUGUGUGUUCUCCCUCUUCCCAGGCCGGAGACAAAGUCCAACACACACUACGUGGCAACCAUUGCAGCCGAUGGAAAUGGCAUUGCCUGGGAAAUUGAAAGCGCAUCGGGCCAAGAUUCCAAGCUGCGAAAAUUCUGCACGUUCGAGAUGGGCUUGAAGGAGGAUCUUGCUUACAUUCUGCCCGUUGAUCCUGCCGGGCCGAAGACCAAAUCAUCAGGAUUUUUCGACACUUUUUCACCGGAUAUUGCCCUUUCCUACACUCACAGUGGCAUUGUUCGCACCUGGACUGCCAAGGUGGACCAAACAUCAGCCAAGGUCGAAUGGCUUCUGAAGUCUACUGUAGACACUGGAAUUGAGAAUCCAUCCUUAGCAAGCGGAAGUGCUAUCCGCAAAGCAGCGCUUGUGGAUGAAGGUCGUACCCAUUUAACCAUUUGGGACACCAACAACGCCCAGCUGGAAUUUGAGGAACACUUCACUCAGCAUGAGAGUAUCCGGGAUCUUGACUGGACAUCAACCCCAGACAUGCAAUCUAUUCUCGCUGUUGGUUUUCCACAUAAGGUCGUCUUGCUGUCGCAGCUUCGCUACGACUACUUAGACGCUCAGCCUGCAUGGACGCAAGUUCGAGAGAUCUGGAUUCGAGACUUGACGCCACAUCCUAUCGGUGAUUCCUGCUGGCUCACAAAUGGGCACCUAGUGAUCGGUGCAGGCAAUCAAUUGUUCAUAUACGACAAGGAGAUUGAUGUCGCGGAUCGUCUCGUCUCCAAUCUCCGUAUUCCCUCUCGAGGGCUAGCCUCGGUCGACAUGUUCGAUAUUGUCAGUCGACUGAAUGGCCCAUUGCCUGUCUUCCAUCCACAAUUCCUUGCGCAGUGUAUUCUGUCCGGGAAACUCAGUCUGGUUCAAACGAUCUUGACCUCUCUGCUGAAAAGGCUUAAGUUUUUUACGGAGGGUGACAAUUUGGAUGGCUUUUUAGACAUACCGCUCAGCAACUUUUACGACAGGAGCCAUGUUGUGCCGCAGAUCGCUUCGAAAGAGAUGCGCUCUUCCUUUGUGGAGAUGCCGGUUGAGGGGGCGGACUCUUCUGUGGUGGAUGAGCAAACCGCAGCACUUUUAAAUGAGAGUCUGGCACGCAUCGCUUUACCUCAACUCACAAGCCACGAACAGUUUCGACUUGUCGAUACAAUUGAAUGUGUAGCGACAGUGGAGAAACACCGACGAUCUAUGGAUGACAAUGCCGCACGUUACCUUCUGUUUUUCAGGCAGCAUAUGUUGAGAAGAAGUCAAGGUGUGGCGAACAAGGACACUGUCUCAUGGAGAGAAAUCGUCUGGGCAUUCCACAGUGAUAGCCAAGAUAUUUUGACAGACCUCGUCUCGCACCAAUUCAACGGCAAGCUGACUUGGAAGGCCGCGCGGGAGAGUGGGAUUUUCAUGUGGCUGUCAGAUCCAACGGCUUUGAAAGCACAACUUGAGGUUGUGGCGCGGAAUGAGUACAGCAAAUCCGAGGAGCGAAAUCCCAUUGACUGCACUCUUUACUAUCUUGCUUUGAGGAAGAAGAGCAUUCUGCAGGGACUGUGGCGAAUUGCGCAUUGGCAUCGCGAACAGGCCGCUACGCAACGUCUGCUUGCAAACAACUUCAGUGAAGCUCGGUGGAAGACGUCCGCCUUGAAGAAUGCGUACGCACUACUUGGCAAGCGUCGUUUUGAGUAUGCCGCUUCGUUUUUCUUACUGGCCGAUCACCUUCGUGACGCUACAAACGUGAUCGCCAACCAGAUUGGCGAUGUGCAACUUGCAAUUGCUGUUGCGCGUGUCUACGAAGGUGACAACGGCCCUGUGCUACGCGAGAUCCUCGAGGAGAAAGUACUUCCCGCGGCAGCCACGGAAGGCAACCGAUGGAUGGCUAGUUGGGCCUUCUGGAUGCUCGGACGGCGGGACAUGGCGGUGCGGUCACUUAUCUCCCCAAUCGAGACGUUACUCUCCCCUACACCACUUUCACCUGGCAGUCCAGGGAAAGCCACACUUCAGUCCAAAUCAUAUCUCUCCAACGAUCCUGCUCUAGUCGUGCUAUAUCAGCAGCUUCGGGAGAAAACGCUUCAAACGCUCAAGGGUGCCUCUCAGGUGCACCCGCGAGAAGAAUGGGAGUUUGUGCUCCGCAACGCCCGGCUAUAUGAUCGGAUGGGCUGUGAUUUGCUCGCUUUAGACCUCGUACGCCAUUGGGAGUUUCUCGGUGGGCCCCCUACCCCUGGAGCGUUGCAAACACACCCUGCCCUUGAAUUCCACGAUGGUGACGUGGAUUACCGUAAACUGCUUCGCCGGCGAAGCAGCCUUGUCGUCGCCGAUCUACCUGUGCGUCCUGCGAUGACCUCAAGGGUAUCAACGGGUGCAACAAAUCAAGCUACUGUUAAAGAUACAAAGAAAGAGGUCAAGGAAAAGCCGCCUCCAACUAUGUUCCAUGAGCCUGAUGCCAACUCACUCUUGGACAGUUUUGGGUUCUGA